AUGCAGCCGCCGCCGCCGCCGCCGCUGGCCGGGCCAGCUCGGCAAGGUGGGGUCCCCUCCUCGCCGCGCGCCUCCCCGCGCUCGCCCCUGCCCCGCUCCCUUUCUUCUCCUCCUCGCGCACUUGGGAGCCGCCGGGGCGCCCCGGGAGCCCCCAGCUCCGGGCUCGCAACUCCGCGCCGGCGGCCGGCACGGGCCGGGCUCGGGACGCCCCCCGCGCCGCGUGUUCCCGCCGCCCCCGCCCCACGCGGCGCCCCGCGCACUUUCCUCGCCGCCGACCCACCUCGCCCGGUGGCCGUCCCCGCGCGGGCCGGCGCCGCCGCGCCAGGAGGGACGCACUUUGUUCGCGCCGGUGCGGCCGCCGCUCCCGGCGAGCGCGGCGUGGUCGGUCCGGAGCGGGGGGCGGGGGCGGGAGGCGGGGGUCGCCGCCGUCCCCGAGCCGCCGCCGCCGCCGCUCAGCCGCCCCGCGCCCGCGCGCCCAUCGCCCACUCGCACUUGACACAACAAAAAGCCAUUUACAUGCGAGGAAGUGACCCUCGGCCGGACCGCGCGCCCCCGCCGCCGCCGCCGCCGCCGGCCCCGCGGGCGCAGGCAAAAGUUGGGGCGCCGGGCGGCGCUCGGGGCGCGGGUUCGGGCCCCGCGGGCGGCGACGCCGGCGACACGGCCCGGGCGGCGCUGCGCUCCUGCGCCGGCCGCGGCCCCCGCCCGCCCUCGCCCCUCGCCCCGCACACGCCCAACUCCUCGCUCCCAACUCCUCGCGCGGCCCCGGCCCCGGCCCCGGCCCCGGCCCGGAGCGAUUUCCUGCCGCCGCCGCCCCUCCCGGAGGCGCCCGGCGAACUCUCGCGCUUACCGGGGCGGGCGGGCGGGCUCCUCCGCUGCCCGGAGCCGAGGGGGAAACAAAACGCAGAGCGGGCUCCGGAGUUGGCUCGGCGGCCGCGGCCGGGGGGCUGGAUCCUCGGGCGCGGAGUUGGCCGGGGGCGAACGGCGCUCUGCACGCCAGCGCCUGCGCGCGCCCGGCACGCCGCGCGCGCCCGAGGCCGCGGGGCCGCGCGCGCCCGCCGCCGGCUGCCUCCGCGCCGCGCCCGCGCCCGCGCGCCGCCACCUGACGUCAGGCGCGCCUGGCAUAAUUUAUGCAAGAAUUCGGCCGGGGUGGCGGAGGCCGAGGGAGAGGCCGAGAGAAAGGGGGCGGCGCGGGGCCGCGGGCCGCGAGGGCGGGCCGGGCGCCACUUCCCGUCCCCGGGCGGCCGCCGGCGCUGCGGGCCGCUCUCCCCGCGGGCCGGUGCGCGGCCGCCGCGCCGCCUUCCCGGCCCGGCUCCCCCCGAGCGCUCGGCCGCCGCGCGGCAGCGCCCGGGGCGCGGGCGGGAGACGGUGCCACGUUUCCCCCGCGCGGCACCUUCCCGGGGUCCGGGGGCGCCGGCCGCGGGCAGGAAGCGGCGGCCCGGGCCGGCGGCGGGCCUCCCGGCCGCGGCGAGGGGGCUUCCGACGCUGCGCGGACGGACGGCAGCGGCUGGAGCGGCUGGGACGGCGCUUCUGGAAUUAUCCUUCAACUUGGAGUGA